GCCGCACUGGAUCACCGCGCCAUGGUUCAGCAGAGCCGCUGAUUAGUAGCUUGAGGUUGGUGAGGUGCGGCUGAGCCAGGCUUGUUAGUGAUGGAGAUGUACAAGGUAAAUCCGUACCACCUGAGUGAAGAUGCUAUCGAUUUGCCUAUCUGCAUGUACAAGCUGCCAAAUAUUCAUCGAGGUGCUGCAGACGCUCAGGAUGCAGAUGAAUGUCCAGCACUCCAAAACUUGGAAUCGAGACAAACAGAAAUUCUGAAACGUUUGUAUGAGUUGAAGGCAGUUGUUGAUGGACUUUCAAAGACUGUCCUUACACCAGAUGCUGACCUUGAUGUUGCGGAAAUUAACCAUGCCUGCCUUGUACCGACAAUUCAUACUGCAGCUAAUUUAGAUUCUGUACUAGGAAAGAGUUUUGGUGUUCUCCGAGACAUUGUUAUCAAUGCUAGCCCUUCUGAGGUGCCGCUGUCCCUAUUAGUCCUGCAUAGUUUACUGUGUGAACAAUACAAGGUGCUAUCCUCAGUCCAUGUACACUCCUCGGUGCAAAAUGUUCCCUCCAAACUCUGGAACUGUCUGGGUGAAGGAAACCGCUGUUGUUCGCGGAGAGAAUAUCAACUCGGCUUCACUCUCGUCUGGAAGAAUGUGCACAAACCUCAGAUGAAGUUCAGCAUUCAAAGCAUGUGUUCUAUCGAAGGUGAGGGAAAUGUCGCCCGUUUCCUUUUUGCACUACUUGGCCGUGGAUACGAUGCAGUGACCUCAACACUGAUUGACAACUGGGUGGAUGUUGCCAUCUUCCAGCUGAAGAAGGGCAGCACCAAGGAAAAGGCAGCUGUGCUGCGUUCCUUGAAUGCUGCUCUCAGCAAGAACCCCUGGGUUGUGGGAGUUGAUCUGACAUUGGCUGAUAUUGUGCUAUACUGUGCCUUGAGGCAGGCGGAGAUUACCAGUUUCCCAGCCAAUGUCCAGAGAUGGGUGAAAUCCUGUGAGAAUCUAGCAUGUUUUAAUCUAGCAUUAAAGUUGCUGAAUUGAAUCAUUUAUGGUUGAAACUACUUUUAGCCCAUUGCCGCUAAUACCUGUGCAUUUAAAUCUCAAUGUUUGCACACGAAAUACCUAUUUAAGUCAUUUAAUAAAUCUUUUUAAAGGCA